AGAAAAUAUUUUUACUCUGUGAACAAAAAUAAUUGACAGUAAUGACAGUGUCACUACUGUCAGUUCAUGCGUUAUUAUCCUGAGCAUGUGACAUGAACAAUGAAACUCAGAAUAAUAACUCUCAAUCAUGUAUUAUCUGAGGGUUAACGACGCGACAGGUCCACGGGGUAUAACGUAUUCCCUGCAUGAGGAAGGGCAAAACUGGACUGAACUCACCUAUGUUGCGUUAAACUAGUAACUAGUCUAGUAAGCUUGGCAAAUAUGUAUUUCGACUAGGAGUUUAUUUGCUCAGUGUAGAUAAGUAACUACCUACAUGUUUCAUCCAAAAUUUUCACCCACCUUCACUUCUCGUAUUUCGUAUGUAACGUACCUACUUCCAACCUAGGUAAUGCAAUGCAGUAAUCUCUGUAUGGUAGACUAAUGAUAAUGACGCAUUCGCGUGAUCUGGGUCUCAGCUUUUCAAUGAUCAUCCAAAUUUUCAGUUAGGUACCUAGUUUAACUUCACUAAGAUGGCCCGUUUAUAGCCUUUCCCCUUCAUUUACAAUAAUAUAAGAGAAGCGAUGUAAAUUUUUUUUUUCAUCUUUGGCCUAGAUAGUUAGUUUUACUUAGCUGUUAACGUUAUUACCAUGGCAUGUAGGUAGGUACCUAGUUAUUAGCUAAAUAAAUAGAGGUAGAUAAAUAAGUAGGCAUAGCUAGGCUUAGUUAGCUAUCAAUGAUCGAUUUUUUAGAUUUGACUUCCACAUUGCCUCAGUGCGGAAACAUUCCACGGAAACACUUCGUAACUAACUACAGUACAUUUCUGAAUGUAGUUCAGUAGAUUCUGCAUCUAACGAGUAAUAACUGAGUGUAACAGCGAUUUAUUGCGUUUACAUAACGUUCAGUUGCAUAAUCCCUCAGAGCACAUUCACCCUUUCUCUUAGUAUUGUAGGUUUAUGCGGACAACCGUUUGCAAAACGCGGGAGCCUAAGCAGUCGCCAUUCACUGGUCGACUCGCUCAGUCGCCGACACUGAAUGAACGCAGCCGAAAGUGCGGGAAAUUUGAACCAUUCAACUGUUAACUAACUAAACAACAUGUAACAUCGUCUUUAUACGGAAGAGUUAUUGUGAUAUCAAGAUGGAAGUGGAUAAGAAAAUGGUCUGCGUGCAAGCUGACGUCAUGGAGAAGCCUAAUUACAUGCUCAUGUCCUUACAAAGGAUAUUUCUCAUGUUUUUGAUUGUGAUCAGUGUUAUUGUGGUCGUGUAUUAUACUCCAAUGCCAGAGGAAUAUUUCGAGAACUGCGACCGAGAAUGCCACGAGCUGGAUUGGCCGAUGAUAUGUCGGGUGAAGCUCGUCAUUGAAGUUUACAAAACUCUUAGCAAGCCGUGCGGCAACUGCACAGAGAAGGGUGGCGAGCAGUGCCCGGCGUUGUGCAUCUCGGCGGACGGGCGCGAGCGUGGGGUGCUGACGGUGAACCGGCAGCUCCCAGCUCCAGCCCUGCACGUGUGUGAGAACGACAUCCUCGUGGUGGACGUGGUCCACCGCGCGCCCGCGCACUCGCUCGCCGUGCACUGGCGCGGGCAGCCACAAAAAGAAACACCCUUUAUGGAUGGAGCCCCCAUGAUCACGCAGUGCCCGCAGCCCGCCUACACCACCUUCCAGUACAAGUUCCGUGCUUCAGCGCCCGGCACGCACAUGUACCACGCUCACUCCGCCGCCGACGCCGCCGACGGACUCGCCGGCCCGCUGGUGGUCAGGCAGUCUCCAAGACUCGAUCCACUGAAGAAACUCUUCGACAUUGACGCGACAGAGCACACGAUCUUUGUGGCCGAAUGGGGCCACUCGAUGGGCCCCCUAGUCGGGAUGACCUCGAAGGUGUUCAACGCUGAAUCGCUACUCAUCAAUGGUCGAGGACAAACUCCCGAAUCUCCCGAUGCGCCCUUAUCGAAAUUUACCGUAAAACAUGGAAACAGAUAUCGGUUCCGUCUAGCAUACGGCGGUGGGACCAAAAGCUGCUCAAUAAAGUUUUCAAUUGAUCAUCACAUUCUGAAACUGGUGGCGUUAGAUGGUCACCUUAUAGAACCUGAGGAUGUAACCUCUAUAGAACUGGGUAAAGGAGAAAGAGCAGACUUUAUUCUGGAUGCCAACAAGGCGGCGGGUGUCUAUUUUGUGCGGGUUGUAGCGGACAGAGAUUGUCAGGACAAUUUAGUGGGCAAGGCCGAACUAGUGUAUGACAAUAAAGAUACCCAAGUGAUUCAUAGUGAAGUGGCUGAUGAUAAAACAUCCGUUUUAAGUUUUACAUCAAUAUUCAGUGAUAAAUGUGACCUGAAAAAUGUGUUGUGCUUAAAUGAAGUGCGCUCAACCAGCAAACUUUUAGAGGGUGUAAAUGACCCCGUGGAUAAGACAAUUUAUGUGCCUUUCAAUUACUCUACACGACACAUCACUGCAAAGAGAAUAGAAACCUGGGGAGCAACCGACGGAUUCCGCUUCACCUACCCCGCGUCCCCACUCUUCACGCAGUCAGCUGACGUGCCCGCCUCUUCGCUGUGUCCCGAAGAGUUGGGAGACCAGGGUGAUGAUGGACGGGGCGAGGAGUGCGUCCAGGUCAAGAGCAUACCGUUGGGUUCCAGCGUUGAGCUCGUCAUCUUUGAUCAGGGUGGCGAAUCAGACCACAUAUUCCACCUCCACGGCAACAGCUUCGGAGUCGUCGGCAUCAGCAUAUCCAACCACAGUCUGACCAAAGAGACUGUGCAAGACAUGAACGAGAAAGGGACAUUGUUUCCAUACGUUAACGUCCAAAAUCCCGUAGUGAAAGACACAAUAGUUAUACCCAAGUUUGGGGCCGUUGCUUUGAGGUUUAAGGCUGAUAAUCCAGGGUAUUGGAUGAUGAGGGAUGAGAAAGCUCCUCAUUGGACGAGAGGACUCGAUUUUGUCCUGAAAGUUGGUGAAGAAAGCGAUUUUGUCCAAGCGCCGGCAGACUUUCCGAAGUGCGGGUCGUAUGUGGGACCCGAGUAUUUCCUGAUAUGAUUUUGUCAUGAAAGAAUUACUAAUUUAUUCGCUCAUCGUUCUAGUGAUAUUCAAUUUAAUGUUGUAAGUGUAAAGUGAGACGUAAACGUCUGAUAAUGUGUAACAUAUCAAUACCAAUGAUAAGAUUUUUACUGAUAUUUUAAUGAAUUAAAUAUUUUAUACUUAUA